AGGGUACACACAGAUUUUAUAACGACCUCGAUUUAACGACAUUCAUCCUUCCCUAUUACAGUUUUGUCACAUGCCUAUUCAUUUACCAGGCUUUAUUUACAAACUAAUAUUGUUCAAGGAGAAAUUACAGUGGACAUAACGCUACUUAACGUUGAACAGUAGGCUACUUCAAAGAAAAACGGAAGUUGCCUGUCUGAAGGAGCAACCGCAAGUUACCUGAGCAUAUUGAGGAGGAAGUAAUUCUACAGGGGCAGUAUGCCCCCAUUACCAGGCGCUGAGUUGGUUCGUACGCCGGUUCACCUGUACCGUUACCUUCUUAGAUGUUGCAAGCAAUUGCCAACCCGAGCAAUGCAGCAACAUUAUCAACAUGCUAUAAGACAGGGUUACAAUAGUCACACAGACGAAGACGAUCCUGAGAGGAUUCAACUGAUCAUACAAAGAGCUAUAUCAGAUGCAGAUUGGAUUCUCGACAAAUAUAAGAAGAAAUUAGAUGUGUGAAAUUUGAGGACAAGGAGGAAAUAAGAGGACAAGACUGCUGGCUCCAUGGGACAUGUUCCUUUUGGAACAAAUCUUGAUCAAAACAGGAUUUUGCUUGUUCUGCCACGCAAGAAACAUCCCAGGGACAGACGCAUCAUGCAAUGUGGCAAUAAGAGAAGUGACGUUUCCCAACCCUCUACUGAGGGACUACCAGACAGUCCACAUUUUUGUUCUACUGCUGCACUUACACACCUGAUUCAACUAGUUAAGGGCUUGGUGAUUUGUUUAUUCAGGUGUGUUAGUGCAGGGCUUGAACCAAAAUGUGGGCUGUCUGGUAGUCCCCAAGUAGAGGGUUGGGAAACACUGACAUACAGUGGCUUGCAAAGUAUUCACCGAAAGUAUUGUAUCAUUUACACAACAUGCCUACCACUUUGAAGAUGCAAAAUAUUUUUUAUUGUGAAACAAACAAGAAAUAAGACA